UGGAGAUCCGGAUCCGGAGCGGCUGAAAGGCGGAAGUGGAGGCCGGAGCCUGGGACACCGCCGGGGGGAGAGGAGCGGAGCCUGUCCGAGCCCCGGCCCCAAGUAACGCCGCCGCCCCGGAGCCGCCUUGGAGGCCCCUCCCCACUAAGUGCCUCUUUGCACAGCGCUGGCCCCCGCCCCCACGCUCACCAGCACCACUGCAGCGGGACGGGCCAUGGCGGGUCGGGGAGGUGCAGCACGACCCAACGGACCAGCUGCUGGGAACAAGAUCUGUCAGUUUAAGCUGGUCCUGCUGGGGGAGUCCGCAGUGGGCAAAUCCAGCCUCGUCCUCCGCUUUGUCAAGGGUCAAUUCCACGAGUACCAGGAGAGCACAAUUGGAGCGGCCUUCCUCACACAGACCGUCUGCUUGGACGACACAACAGUCAAGUUUGAGAUCUGGGACACAGCUGGACAGGAGCGGUAUCAUAGCCUGGCCCCCAUGUACUAUCGGGGGGCCCAGGCUGCCAUCGUGGUCUACGACAUCACCAACACAGAUACGUUUGCACGGGCCAAGAACUGGGUGAAGGAGUUGCAGAGGCAGGCCAGCCCCAACAUCGUCAUCGCGCUCGCGGGCAACAAGGCCGACCUGGCCAGCAAGAGGGCCGUGGAGUUCCAGGAAGCACAAGCCUAUGCAGAGGACAACAGUUUGCUGUUUAUGGAGACAUCAGCAAAGACUGCGAUGAACGUGAAUGAAAUUUUCAUGGCAAUAGCUAAGAAGCUUCCCAAGAACGAGCCCCAGAAUACAGCUUGUGCUCCGGGCCGGAACCGAGGAGUGGACCUCCAGGAGAACAACCCUGCCAGCCGGAGCCAGUGCUGCAGCAACUGAGCCCCCCUUACCUGCCCACUGCCCCCACCUCCUCCGCCUCGACGACCCGACUGGAAUCCACUCUAACCAAUCGCACUUACCAACUCGGGCCACCACUGGGGGGCAGGGGGAGGGGCCCACCAUGGUUUCUCCAUAUCAUUUUGAUCAUAGGCCGGAGUGAGUUAUUCCACCUGCACCUUUCUGUACAAAUACUAAUUCAAUUUUAAGUCUUAA